AUGUCAACGUUGCCUUUAACUUACGCAGAGGCAGCCGCUGGACAGCUCCACACGCGUCACGCUCCUGACGCUACUCAGGAUGAUGCUGCUCGCGAGAAUGAAGUGAUAAUGGAAGCACCUGACCCGUUGCAAGCCAAAUCAAAUACACCAUGCCCCAUGUCAACGGACCAUUCGUCACAUGAGAGAUUGAAGCUGCUAGCAAAUUUCGAUACAGACAAGGUUUUCCCUGAGACCAGAAAUGCAGAAAAAGAGACAUCGAAAACUAAUCAACAGAAAAACUGGCUUGAUGAAUCGGAGGAAAUGAACCAAGAUUUGGUCCGCGGCGGGUUCCAGCCGCGCCUUCCGACUUCGCUGCCGCCCCCAGGGCAGCAGCAGCAGCCGUCGCCGCUACCACGCCGACAGCCCGUCCCGUUGAUGCCUCCCGCGCAGCUUCAUACGGGAGGGCCCCGGGUGGUCGCUCCGGCGCCUGCGGUCCCUCUUCAGUCGCCACCGCCUUCGGAGCUGAUGGACGUCGACCCCUCAGCCGGGCCGCCUUCCCACGCGGUGGCUGUGCAGCCUGUACUGCAGCCGCUUUCCUUGGGCACCCCCAAGGAGUCUGACACCGCAGCGCCUUGUCCGGCGCCCACUCAGCAGCUGUCGACGCAGCGUCAGGAGACGCUGCCUCUCUUCGUGGGUCCCGACGCCCCGUCGCGUCCGGUACCAGAAGCUGCGCCCGUGGUCACAGGCGUGCACCCUGACCUCGGUUUUCAGUCGGUGUUUCCCGAGGCCCCGCGCAGCCAAUGCUGGGGUGAAUUCUUUGACCAACUGGAGAUCCAGCACGGGACCUUACGUUUGGUACUUGAGCACCCAUAA